AUGAGGUGCCCCGGUGGCCGCCGCGGCAGCCGCUGUGAAUGCGAAGGGCCGGAGGAGUUGGAGGGGGGCUGCCGACCCGAGAACAGCACGGCGCCCCCCCUGCAGCGGGAGGGACGCUGCGUCUGCGGGGCUUGUCGCUGCCCCCCGGGGCUGAGCGGCCGCUUCUGCCAGUGCGAGGAGGGGGCGUGCGAGCGGCACGAGGGGCUGCCGUGCGGAGGAGAGCAGCGGGGAGAAUGCGAGUGCGGGCGCUGCCGGUGCCGCCCGGGGUUCGGCGGCCGCGGUUGCGGGUGUCCCCUGGCGCGGGACGGCUGCGUGCGGGACGGCAUCGAAUGCAGCGGGAACGGACGCUGCGAGUGCGGGCGCUGCCGCUGCCGGGCUGGGUUCGUCGGGACGCUGUGCGAGCGCUGGCCGAACUGCGCCGGGAGCUGCGUGAGGCUGCGGGACUGCGCGGACUGCGCUGCCUAUCGGGCGGGGGUCCGCUGCGGGGGGAACUGCAGCCACGCGUGCAACGGGACGGCGCUGCUGCUGCCCCCCCCCGCGCCCCCGGCGCCGCGCUGUGCCGGGAGGCGAACCCCCGACGGCCGCCUCCUCGUGUUCCUGGUGGGGCGCGGGGACGGGGACUACGACGAGGAAGGGGGGGACGUCGCCAUCACCGUGUGGGCUGAGGAAGCCCCGCUGCUGCAGUCCCCGCUGCUGGUGGCGGUGAGGGGCGGCGGUCUGGUGGCGGCGGGGCUGCUGCUGGUGGCCGCGUGGGGCCGCGUCUCCGUGGAGCUUCACGACCGCCGCGAGUUCCGGCGCUUCGAGAGAGAGCGGCUCCGAGCCACGUGGGAUCAGGACAACCCUUUGUUCAGGAGCGCGACCACCACCACCGUCAACCCCAACUACCUCGGGGGUGACAACGGGGACGGCGCCGCCGGGACCCCGCAGUGACUCCGCAAUGUCCCUACAGUGCCCGGAGG